AUGUCUAUUGUGAAUGACACUGUGUUUAUGCCCUCUGUGCUGACCUUUAUUGGGAUCCCUGGCCUAGAAACUGUACAGUGUUGGAUUGGGAUUCCAUUCUGUGCAAUGUACAUCAUUGCUUUGAUGGGAAAUUCUCUACUUUUGAUCGUCAUCAAAUCUGAACCCAGUCUCCAUGAGCCUAUGUAUAUCUUCCUGGCCAUGUUGGGAGCCACAGACAUUGCACUUAGCACCAGCAUUGUCCCCAAGAUGCUUGGAAUUUUUUGGUUUCACUUGUCAGAGAUCUAUUUUGAUGCUUGCCUCUUUCAGAUGUGGCUCAUCCACACAUUUCAGGGUAUUGAAUCGGGAGUCCUGCUGGCCAUGGCUCUGGACCGCUAUGUAGCAAUCUGUUAUCCUUUGAGGCAUGCUACCAUAUUCACUCAACAACUAGUCACUAACAUUGGAGUUGGAGUGACAUUGCGGCCAGCCAUUCUUGUUAUCCCAUGCCUACUGCUCAUAAAGUGUCGUUUGAAACUUUACAGAACCAAGUUAAUAUCCCACACUUACUGUGAACAUAUGGCCCUGGUGAAGCUUGCCACUGAAGAUGUUUACAUCAAUAAAUUCUAUGGUCUCCUUGGGGCUUUUAUUGUCGGUGGCCUUGACUUCAUUUUGAUCACCCUCUCUUAUACACAGAUAUUUAUCACUGUCUUCCAUCUGCCCCAGAAAGAGGCACGGCUUAAGGCAUUCAAUACAUGUAUUCCCCACAUAUGUGUCUUCUUCCAGUUCUAUCUCCUUGCUUUCUUCUCCUUUUUCACUCACAGGUCUGGAUCUUAUAUCCCAUCAUAUAUACAUAUCACCUUGUCCAACCUUUACCUAUUGGUACCACCUUUCCUCAAUCCAUUUGUCUAUGGGGUGAAGACCAAGCACAUCCGAGAUAAGGUAGCAAAAAUGUUCUGUUCCAAAGAUCAGGCUUGA